CCGGAGAGGAACGCACAGUGCUACAAAAAUAGAAGUGUCACUGAUCUAUUUACAGUGCGGGUCUAGUCUCACCUUUGCUGCCUGAGAAAGUAGGUUAGAUUACGACAACCACAAUAAUGCCUCGCUAUCGGCAUGAUAAACUGAUAUGAGCAAUCAACAUCGCAACAUAUAGUGUGUCAUAUUCAUGGAACUAUUUUCAUGAAUUUUCGCUUUAUUGACACGCCUCAAUGUUUCUAUACAGUUUCGUAGAGAUAAACCGAUAAGUAUUUAGCGAUAGAUAAAUGUCUUAUGUUUAAUUUUGUACCGAGUACGGUCGCUCGGUUGCAUCACUACCGCGCGGGACCACAAAACACAAACAAUCCCCGAAGUGGAACGACCGGGCUCUUUGUUUUGAGUCGUGUUUCAAACAAGAUCCGUGACAUGUGAAAACGCCGUCAACAUGGGCCUCUCGACGAAUUGCUGGAAAUAUCUAGUGUUGACGUUCAAUGUUUUAUUCGCAAUGUCAGCAGUUGUACUGUUUGGAGCUAGCGGCUUUUUGCUAUACAGACUUUUCGUGUACCGACACUUUAUUGGCGUGAAUGUGGAAUAUCCAGCGAUACUUCUUCUCAUGAUGGCUAUUAUUACUUGUUCAAUAGCAUGGAUCGGAUGGAGAACGGCUAUGUCGAUGCAUCAAAUACACGUCAUAAUAACUGGCAUCCUGUUAGUUUUGGUGGUGGCGAUUGAGUUUUCGUGUUUUGUCUGGGCAAUGGUCGUGUGGGACAACGUGGAAAUUGAUGUGAAGACUACCAUGACGCAGUAUUUUGAAGAUACCAAGGGAUCUGAACCGAACUCCGCAGAGGCUGUGAGAUGGGAUAGGUUACAAGUUAAGUUCCAAUGCUGUGGUGUGACGGGUCAUCACGACUAUUCAUCUCUGGGCCACAUUCCUUUAUCCUGCUGCGGCCAGGGUCCACUUGAUGACAUCCACAAGCCGUACGCGGCGGAGUGCAGCCAGGUGUUCAAGCGAGGCUGCGGGAAACCUCUCCACGAGUACACCAAACAGCAGCUUCUAUUAGUCUCAAUGACUGCACUCAUCGCGUCCAUAUUGCAGAGUACCGGUAUAUUCUGCACGUUUUUCUUAGCACACGCAAUCAGUCAGAAACGCCGGGCAUCCAUCAGGAACUCCACAUCCGUUAGGGAGUCUACGUUCGCGGCCCCUGAUGACUCCUUGCUUGCGCCCACUGCGCCAGCGCCUACCUUGCCUAAGUAUUAGUUUCAAGAAAGUCCUAAUGAGGUAGAUUUAAGUUGUUUUAGUUAUACGAUUAAUAUUCAAAGGGUCCUAAAGAUUGCGUCCAAAUGUUUCGAUAAUAUUUUGUCCAUCUACCUAAAGCAAUAUUAAUGUGGGAUUUUCUGUAUUAUUCCAAACUAGUAUUUGUAAAUAUUUAAUAGAAUAAUAUAUUUUGUAAUUACUCGAUACUGAACUGCCGAAUUAAUGUUUUUGAAAUCUUUAAAUUGGUUGUCAAUUUUAUGCCAAUAAAUUUAUCUUUCUUUCAUCUCUUCGUUUAUACUGAAAACGUAUUAAUGUCUUUUCUAAAAUUAAAUAUAUUGCUAGGUAAAUUAUGAUUAAUGUUUUUCGUAUGGUAUGUUGAUAUCCCUUUGUAACACAACUGGUUUGUACAUUAUCAAAACUAGUUGUUAUUUAUGAGCGUAUUUCCAUACUUAAAUGUAUUAAUCGUCGAGGCUGAAUGCUUUUUUAAUGUGUAAAACGUUACGGAAUUUUCAUUGUUUCCGACUCAAACUAAUGGUUAUAUUAUAAUAUUGCUCUAAAUUAGAAUUCACAUUUGUUUGUUAAACACAAUUGAUAGAGAAAAGACGCCUAAGGCAUUGGACAGAGCUCAAGAAAUUAGUUGUUUUUUUCUGUUUAUAUUAAAAAGUGUGUUAAAUCAUGCACUAUACGCCUAUCCGCCACUUUCAAUAAACGAUCCCAAUCCCUUUUUCGAUCGAUCUCAAAAAUGAACCAAUCAGAACACAGAUUUUUGACAUGCUUACAAAUGACUCAUUUUGAUUGGUUCAUUCUGAUUAAAGAUAUACAUUGAGAUAGUUUAUUCAUAACGGCUGUAAAGGCAAUAAUCUGAGACAUUAGGACAUUAAACUCUAUUGUGUAUACUUUAAAUGUAGCGAACUACUAAGGAACACAGAGUAGUGUCAUGUUCUUGAUCGUAAUUCGAUUUUCUGUGUCGUUUUGCUGCUGUUUAUUGUCAAGUAGAUUAAAUUCUCGUGGGCGAUUUAUUUGUUUUGGUAUUCGGUUGUGUACAGAAGUAGAAUGAGUCUUUUAAGGUAAAUGAUUUUGAUCCUGACCUAUCUGCUUUUAGGUGCAUUUUAUAUUGCGUUUUAAUUAAAGUAUUACGUUAUUCCAUCAGCUCAUGAAAUAAUUAUCGUUUCAUAAAUUUGUAUCCAUGCUAAAACUCGAAAUUAUUUCAGGCUCUACAGCUAUGUGUAUCAUCGAAAAUGAAUAAAAAUUAUUGUUUUUUGAAAAUCGCUAAAAUUACAAUGUAACUAUAAUGUAAUGAAAUAAGUAUUUUAACUCUAUAUACAUUUUUAAUAAGACAAUGACCAAAUUAUGAAUAAGGAUUUAUAUCUUAAAGUUUUUGCUUAUUUUUGGUGUUGUCUUCUUUAUAAUAAUUUAAGACAAAAGGGGACAAUCCUUUUUUAUUGUAUAAAAUUUCUGAGUAUGGCGUUUCGUUUUUCAUAAACAAUAAACAUUAUCACAUUUAAUUUUAAAAUAAAUCAUUAAAUACAAUGCUUAGAUUAUUUAAAUAUGAAUUACAUCUCCGUUCAUUAAUUACAAAAAAAAAUAUGUUCGGAGAAUGUGGUUGGGUAUUUAUCAAAAUUAACUCGAAUUCUCCUUUACUUUAGUUUUGGACACUCAAAUAGCUAGUCAAUUCUUACAAAAAUAUUAUUUGGUUUUAUAAACGCACUUACUGCUCUAUCUUCCUACUUAUCGGUUUACAGCUAUUUUCAAUAAACGAUCGCUUUUUUCAAUCUUUCUCAAAAAUUAACCAAUAUGAACAAAGUUUUUUCACAUUCUUACAAAUUACUUAUUUCGAUUGGUUCGAUCUCGGAAUUGGAUUGAAGACUGAGAUUGGGAUCAUUUAUUGAAAGUGACCGUAAAUGGAAUAUUGAUUUAGCAUUUUAUAAAAAGGCAGCACAACUCAUUAAAAAUAUUUAUUGGAUUUAAAUUAUAUAUCUAUCACAAAUAAUUGUCACAAAGUAUAUUUAUACAGGACAGUACUGUAAGGACAAGAAUUUUUGUUAUUUUAUGACGGUGUACGUUCGGAAUUUCCCGCCUUUUGAGUUCUCACUUGAAUGAGGUAUCAUUCAAUAGAAAUGUAUUAAACAUAUUGUUCCAUCAUUGGGUUUAGUGACAGCAUAAAUGGGCUGGGGACUGUAAAUUCCUGCCUUAGAUUACCACGUCAUGUAACAUUCAGAAUGGUUUUUAUAUCGACGGUGAAAAGGUUAAUUGAUUUACGCUACAUUUUUUUUCGAUACUAAGUUUCAUACAUAUUUAAAACCAGCACUGUUUUGUAUGUUUUUUUUAACUUAGAUAAAAAUUUUCGAAAAAAAACGUUGCUAAGUCAAUGAGCCUUUUAAUCGUCGAUAUAUAUAAAAUAAAUCAAAGUAUUUCCUGGGUGCAAUAUUUCUUAUUAAGGGUGUUAUCUUGACUUCAUUAGUAUCGAAUCUGUAGUUAGGAAAAGAUUUGGAACCGUUUCCUAGUGAAGAUAAUUCGCACUAGCACAUUCGUCCGCAAAAUUAGAUAACUAGUGCGUAUUAUACCAGUAUUGAAAUUAAACAAUAUUUUUAAAGUAAGGUAAUGUAACCUAGAAAGUCCGAUAACCGGUUCCUAACAAGGCCCACCAUCUUAUGUUUUUUUUUCAUGUUCUAAUGCAACACAUACUACAUUUUUUUUCUUACAUAUUUUAUUAUUCAAUUUUGUAAUAUGUGUUGACAUGUAGCAAUUUGAUCAUAGGUUUUUCUUUAUAGUUUUUCAUGACACGAUUUUAUAAAAAAUCUAAAUUAAGUGGGACGUCUGUGAUUCCUUUGCCUUACUGUCUGGAAAUUUAAGUAUAGUUUUGUAUAGUAGAGUUUGUCAAUUCGUUAUUAUGUAGAGCCAAUUUUAUUAAAUUAUAUACAUACCUACUAUAUAUUGUCAGUUUCCAAUCGGCUAGUUUUGUGCGAGAUAUGUUGAUGUCAAAAUAGCUCUUAUUCAGUCUUCCUAAAAAGACUAAUUUUGAAUAGAUAAGUAUUACGGUUAAUAGAAAUAUUAUGGUUGUGUGAUUGUUAUUUCUGUCGUGAUUUUAUUUUGUUUUAAGUUAUGGUAGUGAAUGUUUCGAUAUAAAACAAUUUAAUUUUUGUACCUAAAAAUAAACGGAAAAAUAUGAAACAAUUUGUAUUUAUUUAAUGCUAUCUUGUUUAGGUACAUGCAGUCAUGUUUAUUACUGAUUUAAUUAUAUAAUAUUAUUUUAUGAAACCAAAGCUAACCGUAACAAUACCGAAUAAAUUAAAAACUAACUCAA